AGAGAUCGAGCCGACAUUCACAGGACAUCCACACACUUGACCACAUAGCCUACUGAGAACACUAGACCUGAUCUACCCGGUGUUUGGUAUGGACCUGAGGAUCCUGUUUGCAGCGUCAGCUCUCCUCCUGGGGGCCACACUCACCAUCUCACUGGCAGACCGCACCGCACAGUGCAAAGUCAAAUGGUUGUUUGGCAUCUCGUGCCAAGAUGUGUAUGGGAAGCUGGUGAGCCAGAUCAAGGCCUGGCAGAUCCGGCAAAGCUGUUUAUAUGCAGGAGAGCGGUGCUCAUAUGAGCUUGUGUCGACAGCCCCGUACCUGAUCACAGCCACCCACACUUCUCCAGCAACCAAAAGAGUGAACAACCUACAGUUUCUUCUGGAGCAGUCCACCGUUUGCAAAGUGACUGGCGAGGCAGUGUCUGAGUUUUCCAAAGAUCCAGCUGAUAACAACACAAACUACUGUAGCCUUCAGAACCUGAUGGACGGAAGUGACCUGAUCAAUGCUGAAGGAUACAAACAGUUCAGCAACAAGUGGAUCUGUUCUGGGUUCGAUACUGCCAACUGCACCUUAUCUUAAGUUGCUCCAAAUGUCACUUCAUGUGUUAAAUGAUUGUAAGACUUCAGAGAAAAUUGGUUAUUAACAGUGUAUUUUCCUGUUUUAUUCCGUGUGCGUCAUUAAGAUUUGUGUUAAAAAUGCUUUGUAAGUGCAUUUUAAAAUGGUUUGAUUCAACUGUAUUUUCUCUGAAAUUCAGUUGUUUGUGUUAUAUAAACAUGAUGAAAUGAAUGAAGUUCCAGGAUUUUUUAACAGCUGAUGCACAGAGAAUUCCCCUGAACAGCAUUUAAAUAUUAUAUUAAUGUCAUGUUUUUACCAUAAAUAAAUGAAAUAAAAACUGAAAAUACA